CUCCGCAUAGUUACCGUCGAGUCGCUGUAUCUAAUUUGUAACUCAGAGUCACCAGUGACACUUCGUCUUGUCUUGUCAAUUUAGGCGUCUCAAAUCCCUUUCGUCUUUUCCAUUAUCCUUAUUCUUUCACGCAAGUCAUGGCCCCCUCCUCGGAACAGCAGCAGCAGCAGCAAUCGGCAGCAACGACGUCUUCGUCCUCCUCAGACUCAGUUCAAUCUCACUCGUGGGAACGGGUGGAGCGUAAAUUCUCCAACAAAUCUGCUAGUGAAUACUUCGAUCCAUGCCAGGACUUCGCAGACCGAAGUCUGAAAUGUAUGAAACGCAAUGCUUUUGACAGAGAGAUGUGUCAUGACUACUUCCAGGCUUAUCGUGACUGUAAGAAGCAAUGGCUGACGCAGAAGAAGAGAGCUUCGUAGGCUAAUGCCGAAGCAAACAAUCCGCAGCCCACCUUUCCUUGAGUUGCCUUCAUUUCUUGCUCCGCGGUGCCCAGCAACAUUGAGAAACGCUUCGAGGCUAGUCUCAGACUGUGUUGCAUUCCAAUGAGUAGUCAUACUGUGAUGAAAUUUGUAGGAAUAUGCGUUCGCAUCAGGAGGCCGGUCAUGCUCGGGGCAAGCAGAGACUGUCGAUCAUGUCACUAAAGGUCGCUCUCUGGCUAGAAAAUAAUUGGCAUCAAGGCUGGCAAAGGACGUUCACUCGGCAGAACGAUAUCUUCUUCGUCCUUUGCAACUGGCUAGUCUUUUCGACACGCGUUUACGCUGCACUUGGGUAUUUUAUUCAGGAAACUCGUCCCCUCUCCUCAGCUUCCGCUUAUAUUGUACAUUACUUGCAUGUUGACUGACAUCGCCACAAAAUUAUUCAAUGCG